AAAUUAAUACAGGCAAAAGUGAUAAUGUUUUUACAGCUGCUACUCUUUUUUGGUACAGCAAAAUAGAAGAUUAUCCUUGUUUUAUAGUCGUUUUUCUUUAAGAUUGAAUAUUGAAUCGUAGACUUCGAAACGAUUUUUACUCGAUUGGGCAGAGAGUCAUGAGCAGUUUGAGCGGCAAUUACUCGGUGGCAUACGUCACGGUACCGGAUCAAGAGAUUGGAAAAAAAAUAGCUCAUGGUUUGGUGAAUAAAAAAUUGGCAGCGUGUGUCAACAUAAUUCCCCAAAUCACCUCUGUGUAUGAAUGGAAAGACGAGAUUCACGAAGAUAAUGAAUUGUUGCUGAUGAUUAAAACACGAACUGAGGUCGUAGACGCUUUGACUCAAUAUGUUAAGGAAAAUCAUCCGUACGAAGUGUGCGAAGUAAUAUCCCUACCCAUUGCAAACGGAAACGAGGAGUAUUUGAAAUGGAUUGGAGGAAACGUUCCAUCGUCUCUCGUGAAGAAGGAAAAACCCUCAGAAAAAUAAAGCUAAUUUAUAAUUGUAUUUUGGAUACCUGUUCGAUUACUGGUAAAUGAAAUAUUCAUAACACUUAAA